CCAGCCCCACAGCUCCAAGCCGUGGCAGGUGGCAGGGGGCUCCCACUGUUCCCAGUCGCUGUGGGUGGAGGGGGGCUCCCGCAGCUCCCUGCCACCAUGGUGGCGGGGAGGAAACCCUGAAGCUGGAGCGGUGCUGGGUGCUGGACCCCCCCAAAGCCCCAUUUUGUUACAGUUAGUUUCAGUAAAAUCAGGGACAGUCACGGGCUCCUGUCAAUUUUUGUUCUCCAGCUCCUCCAGCUGCUUUGUGCAGAGGAUGGACCCUGGUAAUCAGCUGCCAGGGAGUGGGUGGCUGGAUAGGGGUGCAGGGACACAUACGGAUGGGGGAGGGGGUUUAGGGACACGUGGACAUAGGAAGAUGUGGCUGACUAACUGGGAGAAGCCAGGGGUCUGCCACAGUCUGCAUGGGGCAGAGUCCUCAACUCCCUAAAAAAAAAACCCUCAAAAAAACCUGAUCCACACUUCUCCUACCCACACCCGACAACCCUCCAGAUUUACUCCCAGGCUCCUGCCUUCCCUCAGCUCCUCUAUUACCCCGACUCCCCCCGGCCUUUGCAAGGCUUCUGAGGGGUGCAGGAACUACGUAGCUGUGUUGUGGUUUAAAUGAGUUAUCAGAGUUCUGUAUUAACGUGCCCAGUAAGGAAUCUAUCAAAAAAAACAUUUUUUUGAAACUUUUUCGUUACCUGCACUGUAACAGACGUACUUGCUGACAGGUAUUUUGAAGUAAAUUACCAAAAUAAUUGAAACUGGUGGGAUUCUACUGUGUUCUUUUGACAGAUGACGUAUGCAGAAUUUUGAAAAAUUUUACAAUAUUGCGCGCAGAACUUGUUUGGGUGCAGAAUUCCCCCAGGAGUAAAUAAUUUAAAUGAUCAGUAACAGAAAUGACCUUUGCCAUCUAGUGGUGCAUUAAAAAACUACAAACAAGCUGAUUUUAUACAGUUUAUAUGGACGGUAAUUCAAAAAAAAUGUCCCUCUUAAUUUUUCACAGCUCCCCCCAAAUGUCUAGGGGACAGAAAUCGUCUAUAGAUGGAAAACUCCCAGCCCUGGACACACAUAAGGAAUUGUACUCACUGGUGUUCCCGAUGCUGGCAGCACUAGAGAAGCUAACUGAAUUAAUAGCUGCAUUUCUCUGAUGAAUGCAUCUGUUGUGGAAUUUUAAUGUUCUUGCUCAGUUGGUUGAAGAACUCAAGACAGGGCAAAGUGAAGUUUGUCCAGGCCCUGAGAGUGGCUUUCCGGUGUUUCAGCCUUGGAUCUGGAUUAUCCUGCUGGCCACAUGUCGUUCAUGACAGAAAACAUCCUCUGCACUGAAACAUUACGGCCAGGCAGGCAGAGGCUCCGUUCUGCAUGUGGCACUGAGGAUUUCCCUGAGAUGUUUGAUUGCUUCAACCCAUCUGCCGCAUACCAGGAUCACUGUAGUUGUGUCAUUCCAGCCACACAGUUCCCCCGCCCCGGCACAAACUCCUUUAACCGAGAAACUUUGUCCAACAGCGCCUCCUUGACAAUCCUCACAUUUGGAAAUUUCUCCUGCAGUGACUCACGGCUGCCUCAAUCUCAGGUCUGAAAGGAGCUGGCUUUAGAGGCAGACACUUCAAACCUCUCCAGUCAGCGUGUGCUUUCCCCAGGCACGGAGGGGUUUUAUGGGUGUAGCGAGGAAAGAUCUUGACACACUGAGAUAGCGCUGACGUGACUCUCCUGGGGAAAGUGUUUGCCCAGGGACACAGGACCUCGCCUGGCUACUGGCCCCGGAAAACGGGGCCGUAUCGUCACCCUACCAUGGAGUAGGACACAGGAGUCGUGCCCUUAAUCUAGAUGUCAUCAGGAACAGAACGCAGGAGUCCUGCUGCCCCUUUCCUUUCCUCAGACAUGUGCCUGGCUACCCCUCGUCACCACCCCAAGCCUUCCAAGUUCAGCCCUUCUGUGAUCAAUUAUCCUGCCAGAGAAUUGGCUGCAUUUGAGACCCCACUGCUGAUCUACUGCUUCCGCAUCACCAUGGCGGCUUCUCUUGCUGUCUGCAUCCUCGCUGCUCUUCUGGCUACGGGGACCUGUCUGCAGUGUGAGGUUUGCACUGGACCAGGAAAGAACUGCACGGGCAGCAUGCAGACCUGCGCCGCUGGGCAAGACUCUUGUGGCAUCUUCCUUACUGAAGUCAUAAUGGUGGGAAUUGAGAUCCAGAGCAUUCUCAAGCGCUGUAUGCCGUCGAGUCAAUGUAAAGCCGGCCCCUUCUCUGUGAAUUUUGGGAAUGUAGUGACAUCAAGGACGAUCAUCACCUGCUGCAUGGGAGACGCCUGCAAAACAGUCAAUGUUACACUGCCCCCAGCUGACACCAAACCCAAUGGCUGGAGCUGCCCGGGCUGCUUCGCUCUGACCACUGAGCAAUGCCGUGAGGGGACCAUACAGUGCACUGGAGCCGAGACCCAAUGUAUUGACGCUGUUGGGGCUAUAAUGACUGGUGGAUACCCAAUACCGACCGUCAUGAAGGGCUGCGUUUCUGAGUCCAUGUGCAACCACUUAAAUGUGACUUCGUCGGCCCUCACAGGGAUCAGUUUGAAUCUAACCAGAGAGCACUGCACAGAGGCCUCCGCUGCUGCGCGCGUGGCACCAGGAGCAGCCGGGCUCCUCUUCUCAGCUCUCGCUGGGCUCCUCCUGCUGACGCUUCUCUCCUGAUUCCCCACCCGGUGCAACAGGCAACACUGCACUCAAAUACACCCUGCAUUAGCCCCUUUGCCCCACAGGGGUUCUCAGCUCCCGGAUGGACUCACAUCCCCUGGAUGCUAUUGCACUGAAUAAAACGAACCU